UGUAGAAGCAUCUUCUCUCAGUCCUCUCUCCAGAGCAACAUCUUGUAGUGGCUCUCUGAGUUGGUUGCCCAGCUGAAGCCGCAUCACUGUAUACAUCUAGGUGUCUUGGUCUCCUCUCAGCUCCCUCUGUUCUCCAUCUUCCCUGGACUCCUCUACUAUGGCCGAUCUAUCUGGUUUGCCCCCACCAAGGAUGAGGCUCCUGGCACUUCUUGUGAUAUUGGGAGUGAUGCAGGUCACGAUGUCCUUUCACUGCCCUAAAGUAAUGAACCAGGCUUUGAUUGCCGACCCUAAAGACUGCCGCAAGUACUACCACUGCCUGACUGAUGGACGCUUCUUUGUCAAAUCCUGCCCCAACGGUCUGGUAUUCGAACCCAAAGCAAAGGUCUGCGUCUGGGACUCCUCUCGAUCCUGCAUUCCUCAAAUCUUCGACGCCGAAGGGGAUAACGUAGUCGCCCCAAUGGCCAAGCAGGACACACCCUCAACAUCUAGAGCUGCUGCAAGCAACUCUCAGAAGAGCACAACGACCGAUUCACAGAAGACGUCCAAGAAGACAGUCCAGACCAGCAAGGCAACUGAAACCUCGACGGCCAAGGUCGAGCAGACGACUUCCGGCAGUAAGCAGACGACCACUGAAACCGAAACUACCACCGAGACCAAGACACCGAAGAAGGUUGAAACCGUGAAGGAAGAGACUAAUGUCGAAACCUCCUCCGCUGCCACAACCACUGUCGACUUCUCCACUGAGAAAUCUAACGAAAAUACCACCGAGACAACCAAUACAACUGACAUGCGCGCCAGUGAGAAUCCUACUGAUGGUAACAGCACCGAGAGCGGCGAGACUGAGAGAGAUGAAACCAGCACACCCCUUGCUGUCAAGGAGACCACCGAGUCCUUCAAAACAGUAGACAAGAAGGAAGUUGAAGCUAGAUCUCAAACCCAGGCUCCUAAGCACAAUGUUCUAAAGCGGUCCCCCUUUGAGGACAACAGAAUCGACAGUGAUUCCGGUAAAGUCCGAUGUACCUCUGCGUUCGCCUACGUCACCGACCCCGACAACUGCCACACCUUCUACCACUGCAACAACUGGCGCCCAUUCCAGAAAAGAUGUCCCCCUGGUCUAUUCUUUGAUUCUCAGAACCUCGUCUGCAACUGGCCCCAUAACGUCAACUGUAUCCAAGGUUACCGCGCCAAGACUUACUUCGCUUUCAACAAUAUGAGACGCCGCAUGCACCCCCAGACCCUUAACUCAAUCAAUAAGGUCAAUAAGGUUGAUGAGGACAGCAGAGACAGCAAGUUCAAUAAAGUAAAUAAGGUCAAAACCACCGAAUCCACCACUGAGAAGAUUCCAUUCCUUGAGACGAUUGAAAAUGAUGUAAGAAAGGUGAAAUACGAUGAAGACGUGGACUCCACAACAGCUCAUGCUACAGAGAAAAUCGCCGUGACCGUUCGCUCUUAUGACAGAUAUGGACACAGGUUCGCCUCCUCAUCCGCCCCUGAAACCUCAUCCGUAGCUGACACCACCACCUCAGAGCAGACAACAACAACCGAGUCCACCACCACCGAAUCCACCACUCCAUCCACACCACCUACCUCCACUGACAGCUGGGUGUACGAGACCCGGGCCUCUGAGACCAGAUCUACCUGGAAGGACUGGAACUUUGACCUCUUCUACACCAGCAGUGACAGACAGGGAUCUGAACUCGACCGACUUGAACUGUUCUCAAAUGGAAAGAAGGCCCAGAUUGAGAAGAAAGUCGAUGAAGUUGACACCACUGAUGCCCCCUCUACCUCCAGCUCCAGCUCCAGCCCCAGCUCCAGCCCCCCAUCCGACUCAUCCUCAACCAGUGGUGCCCCUACGGCUUCCGCUAGAAGCAUCUGGGACAACAUGAGCGAAGACUCUGAUGACACCACAGUGAAGGCAGAUUCAUCUGCUGAAAGUGAUGCUACCACCACAAGCCAAGCUCCAUCUUCUGAACCCGAAACUAGCUCAAUCCUACUCGACACCAACGCAACCAUCACAACCACCAACUUAACCUCUUCAUCUAAUGACUCUGUAACCCUGGAUGACAUCGAGAAAACCAAUUCCACAAGCAAUGACACCAACACCACUGAGAAAGAUGUAAAUAGCACGACUACCGUUCCCGAAGACACAUCAAGAGCAUCUUCUUUCGAUUUCGGCUCUGAUGCGGAACGCGAACGCAGUCACCCCAGGAAGAUCCAGCAGGACGCUCCCCCUGCCAGCAACCCAUUCCUUGCAUCCGACAGAUUCGCCGCAAACCAGCAGUCCAUGUACGCUAGGGAUUACCACAACACCGACAACGUUGAAGAUGUCGAAAUUGAGAAGUUCAUGAUGAAGAUGUUGAAUGAUGCUAUGCAGAGUAAACAUUUGGUAGCCAGACAAGCCAGUGAUGAAUACCCCGACAACUUGGUCGACGCCUCAUAUGACAAGGGCAAGAUGACAAAGGAUACUGAGAUGGGCGGUAGUGACGUGUUUGAUAAGUGGGCUAUCGCUGACAAAGAAGGUAAAAAAUCCAAAGGAACUCUGAUUGAAGAGACUGAAUCUGAAACAGAAGAAAUUGAGUCAUCUGGCGAGGUGGAAGUUUCUGCCCAUGAUACUGAAAACACCAUCACCAACCUGAUCAUGAAAGAUGAGGCGAAGCCAGCUGAACCUGAAACUAAAACUACACCAAAAACCGAGAACAUAACAGAAGUCACCGAUGUCUCAAAGAAUGACACUGAAGCUGAAAUCGUCACCGAAACUGUUGAUUCCAACACGACUGACACGAAAGACAUCAACGCAACCAUCACUGACGCUAAAUCUGCUGCACCUUCAUCAACCACCACAACAUCUACAACUACUACAACAACUACCCAAGCUACGGUUAAUGAGACAACGACUGUGACAGAAUCUGAAGCUGCCACCACAUCUGAGUCUGCCGAUGUCGUCACCAAAGAAGAAACAGCAACUGUGAAAGCCGUUCCACUUCUGAAAGACGUCUCUGAUCUGUGUACUGAGAAGAACAAUUGCUCUGCGACAGCAGAGAACAAGACCGAGGAGACCACGACCACUACAGAAUCAAUUACGACUGAGAAGAUAGAAGCUACCAAAACAGAAAUUAAUAACACAGAAAAUGAAACCAUAACCUCACAAGCACCAAAUGUUACUGAAUCUGUCAACGUCACUGAAAAAGCGGAAACCGAAACCACCACAACCACAACGUCUACGACUACGACUACCCCUGCACUGAACGUCACUGAGGCCGUAACUACAACUACUACUGCUGAACCUAUUGCUAAGGACGCUGCCGGGAACGCCGCCAAAGACGCCGUUGUUCCAUCUGAUAAUGCCAUAUCUAAGGACGAUAAAGCAGUAGAAGUUGAUGAGAAACAUCUACCCCUUUCAGAGAACGCUACAAAACCCGAAGCAGUAACUGUAGUGACAACAGUCAAUGUUACUCAAGCUGAACCCGAAAAUGCCACAGAAAUUGAAAUCGCCACAAAUACAACAGAAUCUGAAAUCCAAGUUGAUGCAUCAAACACAACAACUGUCACUGAAAUCGUAAAAACCACGAGUAACGACACAGAAGUCGAACAGACGACAUCCGCAGACGACACUUCUGAUGACGUCACAGAAUCAACCAGCAGCACGAGCACCACAAGCAGCACGAGCUCUCAGUCCAGCAAGAUGACGUCAACAUUGACGGCAGUAUUGGACACUUCUUCCACCGACGGAAGACUCGCUAUAGGAGGAUCUAAAGGCACCACAAAGAAAUCUUUCAUUUCUCUUAGUGACCUCAUUAAAUGGUACCUCCGUCACUGGAGGCACUACUCCAGAUGGAGGGACGGCAAAGAGGUCCGCCCCGCACCACAGUAAAUUGUGUGCCGUGUGUGCAUCCAAAGACAAUACGUUGACUGACAGAAGGUGUGGUCCCGUCACAAUCAAUUGUGAUAGUUAAGAUGUGAGAGACGGGCGUCCCAUGGUGUGAAAACAAACUUUAUAGACUUUCUGGGACAGGCCGUCGAAAUAACGCCAGAAUACAAACCGUCUCUGACACAGCUCCACGAUAAAGACAAAAGGAUUAAAUAUAACUGAUGUCUUAUUGUCAUUGUCUGCAGCAGUAGAUUUUUAUAUCCUUUACUAUAACCGUAGAACAGCUAAGCAAAUCUGGCCCAUGAUGGCUGCUGUGCCUGCAAUUAUAGACUCUUUGCUAGUAUAGGUCAUCAUUCGAUCUGAAGAACGGUUCUCGAAAUGUACCAUGGUGUUUCGUAAAUAUUACUGUAAAUACGUGAUGUUCGUCAACAUGUUUUCAUGUAGAAAAGGGAACGAUUGUCUCACUUUUCAUGAAAUGCUUUAGUAUUUUUCUACACUGAUCGUAUUUAAUCGUAUUCUAGAUUUUGUUACUGUCUCUAUAUGUGUGAGGCGCUAUGAGAGUUCCUGGCGAUUGAUUUGAAAGGCGACUAUGAGUGAGUGUGAGUGAUGAGAACGAAAGUUUCUUAUUGUCAACAAAUAUUUUUUACAAAAUGGUCCAUUUUCAGAACAAAAGCUUGUUCCUAGAUUGUUUUGUACUAUACGUUCUGCUUGCACUUAAUAUAACUUAAACCAUAAGAUGUAAUGGUUUUUAAAAUUUAAUUCACAUUUUCAAUUUUCUACAUUUUGUUGAGAAAAUGGACCUAGUUGAUGUUGUCUUUAGCUUUGUGGCGUAUCAUGUGAUUUAAAGCCUUUUAAAGGUAACUAUGAUUUGUACGCGAGAGAUUUUGUACUAUAUUGCUUCGAUCUCUCAUUGUUUAAAUAUACAAAUGUAUGUCAAAUAUCAUAAUUUUGUAUCUUUUUUGUACAGAAUAAAAGGUAUAUGAAAAAUA